AUGGGGGAUUCAGACAAGGACUCCGGUGGAGGGCAAAACGGACAGUCACCGUUGUCUCCCAGAGAGCAAGACAGGUUCCUACCGAUCGCUAACGUGAGCCGGAUCAUGAAGAAGGCCUUGCCAGCGAACGCCAAGAUCUCCAAAGAUGCUAAAGAGACGAUGCAGGAGUGCGUCUCUGAGUUUAUAAGCUUCGUCACCGGAGAGGCGUCGGAUAAGUGCCAGAAGGAGAAGAGGAAGACGAUCAACGGCGACGAUUUGCUCUGGGCUAUGACCACUCUAGGGUUCGAGGAUUACGUUGAGCCGCUGAAGGUUUACUUGCAGAGGUUUAGGGAGAUCGAAGGGGAGAGGGCUGGACUGGGGAGGCCGCAGACAGGUGGCGAAGGUGGAGAGCAUCAGAGAGAUGCUGGUGUUGGCGAUGGAGGUGGAUUCUAUGGCGGUGGUGGGAUGCAGUAUCACCAGCAUCAUCAGUUUCUUCAACAGCAGAACCAUAUGUAUGGGUCCACAGGUGGUGGUGGGGGUGACGGUGGAGGAGGAGCUGGCUCCGGUAGGACAAGAACUUAAAAGAGAUUGGUGAAAGUGGAUCUCUGUAUAUAGAUACAUUUAUAAACAUGUAAAACUAUUUAAGUAUCAUGUUGGUUAUGUAAAACUAGAUUUUGAGGCUGUGUAAAGAGAGACCCAAGUGUGUAUUUGAAACAAUAUGAUUCGCUCACGGAUCUGCUCCGUUUAGUCUUGUAUUUAAGUGUCAAUAUGCUUACAAAGAAACCAGCUUUGAUGAAAA